AUGGGAACAGAAACUUCAAGCAUCUCAGAGGACAGGACUGAACUGCAAGCAACCAUUUCCCAAGUUCAGAACUCAGCUCGACAACUGAGAGAGAAUCUGGUGAAGGAAAAGACAGCCAUGGACAGGCAAAACUCCAAGCUGCAGAAGGAGAUGUCAGCCUUAAGAUCAGAGCUUGAUGCCCGCGAUGAGGCAAUCCGCAAGUCCCAGAGGCUGUUGAGCGAUGCACAGAAUGACAUCAAGAAUCUUCAUAGGCAGAUUAAAGAGGAACAGGAGAAAUACCAGAAACUUCAAGAGUGCAACCAGAAGCUAGAUGAUGAACUGAAGAAAGGAAGAAGAGAUCAUGAUGACUUACAGAAGGAGAUCGCAAAACUUGAGAAAGCCCAGAGUCAGAUGAAGAAAGAGAAUUCAGAGCUGGAGCUGAUAAUUAGCAGCCAUGAGAAGACCCUGACAGAGAAGGAAAGUCAGCUGGAGGAAAUGACAAGGAAAUUCACAGAGUUGAAACGUAUUCAAGACAUGAUCCACAACAUAUCUGCUGGAAAACUGAUGUAGUUUCAGAAGGGUUUAAAGUGUUGGGGAGCAGGUUAUUAUGUAGCUUAAAGAAAACUGCUUUCCAAAGCACUCCUGCCCUUUAGGCAAGUUUUUGCCUGCAAAAAUCUAAUUGAAGAUAUAAAAAGUAAAAUAUCCAGAGUAAAUUCUUAACUUAAACAUGGUAUUAAGAACAAAGU